AGAAGAAAAAAAAAAUGUUGGUUUAGGAAGAAAAAUAAACUUUUCCAAAAUCCUCCUCUUUGCCAAGGUCUUCCUUCCAUUUUUUUUUUUCUUUUCCAAAAUCCUCCGAUUGUAAACUCCGGAACAUAACCUAAAACAAUUUAAACCAAAAUGCACGCCUUGCCGCAUUGCCCUUCUAUCAUAACUUAAACAAAUUUAAGUCUCAACUGCUCCCAAAUCCUCCAUAAACAAAAUCUUUGGUUAAUAUAGGUUUGAGAUGGAUUCCACUAUGAAGAGAAAAAGAAGUUGUGUGCUACGUAAACCUAGGGCUAAUUCUGAUGCAAUAUUUCAGAGUUACUUUGGGUGUUCAUCACCCGUUGAGAACGAGAGUGUGAGAGAUACAGUUGUUGUUUGUGAUGGAUUAGGAACUGAUAACAAGCUGAAGAAGCUUAAGCUUAAGUUUGGCGGUGUUACUCAUACCAUUCAUACCAAAUUAAAGGAUAAUGUAGAUGAAAACGAUGCUCGUCCUUUUGAUAAGAAGAGAGGUCUUGGGGACAAAUUGGUUAAGGUCUCAAGAACUGAAUCUGGUCUUGCAGCUGAGAAUCAUUCACGUAAGAGAACAAAAACUGGAAAAAGUAUAAAUGUCAACCAUGAACAUGUACGUAGUAAGAGCAAGCGAGUUACUGAGAGACGUGCCUCGGAUGUUGUGGGAUUUAGCGAUGAAGAUAGUGAAGAUGCAGAGCUUCAUUUUCUCGAAAAAAUCAAUGCAUCAAAAAGAGCAGUUAAUCGCCGUAAAGAUAAUCAAGGAGGCACAACAUCAAGUGACGAGUCAAUUUUAGAGGGGAAGAAGCCAAAGAGGGAAUCUGUUGAUUCCGUUGUACCGAGAAAACAUUGUACCCGCACUAAUCGUAAUUGUUCAGUUGACUCUUUCAAAGAUGUGUUAUCUGGGCCAGUUGCAAGCAUUAUUGACAUCUCAGAUAAGAAGAGCCAAUUGUCAGAGGAGCAGCUAAUCAAGAAAGCUGAGGCUGCAAGGAAACGAAAAAUUCAAUCGGAGAAGGCAGCUAAGGAGGCUGAGGAUGCAGCCAUUAAGAAGAUACUUGGUCAAGAUUCAGCUAGGAAGAAGAAAGAGGAAAAGAUGAAUAAGCGCAGGGAUGAAUUAGCCAAGGAAAAAUCUAGCAAACCCUUCCAUCUAGCAACGAACACUAUUCGUUGGACUAUGGGUCCCAAAGGAACGGUAGUAACUUUUUCUGAUGAUAUUGGUCUACCAAGUAUCUUCCAAACAAAACCUAGCAGUUAUCCUCCCCCGAGAGAAAAAUGCGCAGGUCCAAACUGCACUAAUGCUUUCAAGUAUAGAGAUUCCAAGUCAAAGCUUCCCCUUUGCAGUCUUGGUUGUUACAAAGCAAUUCAUGAAAAGAACUCACCUAUGGCUGUAUGUUAGUUAGUCCUUGUAAGUAGUAGAAAAUAGCAGUUAGAUUUGACAUUUGCUAGAUGCUAAAAUGUGGUGAUAUUUGGCCAGGAGGAUAUCUGUGGAAAUAUAUGAGGAAAAAUUAUCCAAAUGGAUCUAUUUGUCUCAUAAAAGAAAUGCAUUUCUAUGAUGUUUUCAUCAUUUAUCCUGUUUGUAA